UCUGCUCUCUCCCUCUCUUCGAUCGGACCGGCGACCAGAGCUUGCCGGAGCCCACGCCACUUGAGGCGUCUGCCCCUCUCAUCUCUCUUCUCCUUCGUCGCGUCUGUAGCCCGCAAAUCUUCCGCACACCGAUCCACGCGAUCGAUCGUUAAGGCGGUUAACCCUAACAAGGUGGGGAUCAAGUACGGCGAGUCCAGGUUUACUAUCAUGUACCGAGGGAUUCCGUUGGGGAAAGCUUCGGUGCCGGAGUUUUAUCAGGAGGCCCACAGUGUGAGGCAGGUUGUGGCCACGAUCGCCGUCAAUCGGGUCAAUCUUCUACAAGCGGACGCUGCUGAUUUGAUCAGAGAUGCUUCGCUCAACGAUAGAGUCGAGCUUAGGGUUCUCGGAGACGUUGGCGCCAAGAUCCGCGUCUUGAACUUCGAUUCCCCUGGGGUUCAUGUCAGCAUUGCUCUUCUCUUCCUGAUUUUUCUGUGGAAAUUUGAGCUUUAUUGUGUUGUUUGGUUGCCGAGAAAAUCCUUCCUUUCUCUCGUCUGGAAUAACAGUACUGGAUUGCCUCAGUACCUGCGAAACAACCCCCACUAGCUUCUGUCCUUGUCUGCUUUUUUUUUUUUUAAUUUUUUUAUUUAUUUUUGCUCUGCUAAUUUUGCGCGGUGGAUUAGAUUAGACACACACUCAAGUCACAGUUGACGUUGCGUGUCUCAGAGAAGCACAUUCCAUACCAUUAGUAUUUGCAUUAGUGCCCUUGUAUUUCUCUAUAUUUAC